GCAUCGCUCUCGCCGCUUAUUAAUUUUUCAUGGAAAAUGGCUGCGUUUCUAGUCUAAAGGCGCGGAAGCAGCAGAUUCGGGAAAAAAAAUACAAGAUAACCAUCCUUAUUUUCUAGUCACAGUUCACGUGUUAGCAUUUGAAACCAAGGCUGUACGAUGCGGUGACGCCUCCCCCCCCAGAGGCAAGAAGAAGAAAAGCGGUGUCGUGAAGGGGCAAAAAAAUGAACCCGUUUGCGCUCUGAAGGAUGAAAAAUCUUUUUUUUUAAUGACUUAUUCCUUAACUAUUUACGCGCGGACCUCGGACGACCAUUAACCUAAGAAGAUGAUGCGCCAGGUGACGAGCGGCGACUUCUGCAUGAACGCCAGGCCGUCAUGCCUGGCCGAGGAUGCCCACCACCCCGCCGCACACUUUGACCUCUGCCCCACGCAGCCCAACAAGUUCUACCCACCUCCGCCGCCGCCUUCGUCCGUCCAAAUGACGCUGGCGUCCAUGGCGGCGCCCGGCCCCGGGCUCAAGCCCAUGGCGUGCCCCCGACAGGAAGUCCUGGGCCCCGCCAAGCUCCCUGCCGGCAAAAGCGGCGACCCGGCGGCAGCGGGGGACAACGGUAAGAAGAAGAGCAAAGGAGGCGGCAAGACGGGGCGGCGCGGUCGCCCGCUGGGCACCACCAAACUGGCCGGCUACCGGACCAGCACGGGACGCCCGUUGGGCACCACCCGCGCCGCGGGAUUCAAAACCAGCCCCGGCAGGCCGCUGGGCACCACCAGGGCAGCGGGCUACAAGGUGAGCCCUGGGCGGCCCCCCGGGAGCAUCAAGGGUCUCUCCCGCCUCAACAAACUGCCGUACGGCGGCGCGUGCAGCGGAGCCGCUUUCCCGUACCCGCUCGCGCACAAGGAGCUCGUCUGCGAAGCCUCCUGCAAGGACAAGACCCCCACGGAAUGAGGUAACCCCCCUUUUUUUAAGAUGAUGGAUUUUUUUUUCUUCUUUUUUAAUAUAUAAAUCCGCUUCCCCGGUGUCUCUUUUCUAUUAUCUCACAAACGAUAUUUCUACACACUCCCAAUGGGGAAUUGAGGAAAAAGACACUUGUGCAAGAGCGCCCCCUGUGAAGGCACCACGAACGUUGCCUUCAACAGUUUAGGACGCUCCAAUGGUGGAGUUCGAAACGGAAUCCGUCAUUGAUCGACUUUGCAUGAUGUGACAGUUUGGUGAUCCGCGGGCGUGGCUCCAUGUAGCUUUUUUUUGGGGGGGGGGUGUUGGUCCAGUGUGAGUGUGUGUUCACCUAAUGACAAUACAGAGUCUCCCCGCAUAUUUGUGUCCACAGAUGUAUCCGUUAUAAAUGAGGAAAAAACCUAUUUGGUGUUUUUGUGAUCAGGCCAUAGCCAUGUCUAAUUUAAUAGUAUCGCUUUGGUGCCAACCACAGUCAACCCGCCUCCAUGGCAGGGGUUCCGCUCUCGACCAAUAACAGGAUACGGCAUCAUAGAGAUACUCGACUUUGGCAUAAUUUUGGAACUCAACUCGGCUGUCUUUAUAGAGCACUUUAAAACAUUCAUGGCCAAGAGCAAUAUAUAAAACCCAAAUAUUGUCCCAACGGUGUACUGAUCCCUUUUGUAAGGUAAUCUAUAAGUCAAUAUAACUUCGCAUCUGACAAUAUACAUCAAGUAUCGUGUCCAAAAAUGCACAUUUGAAAGUUCAAGUCCAGCAUCAAAAGCGGGACCAAAGAUGAUCUUCAACAAAAAAACGAGGUCAUCUAGUGGCCAAAAUGUUGAAUUACAUCCACAAUCUGCCGGAAUGCACACGCUACAAUUUUAAAUAAUGAUGUCCUCAGAAACUUUUUUUGUACUUUACUAUUGCAUUAAUUAUAUUUAUUGUAAAAAUAAAUUAUAUUCUUUUUUUUUCCUUUUCCCCCUCCCCAGUUCCCAGACUUGCUCCCAAGUGUGUUUUCAUGCUCCAGUGUUAGGGCUUGAACCCGCUUGUCGACGACACAGCGACGUUGAAAUCUUUGAGCUGACUAGACUCUAAUCGUGUUUUUUUUUUUUUUCCCUUCAUCUCAUCCUUCAAUCGGCCAAGUUGCAAAACAAUUUUGUGCAACCCACACUAAGGACCAUAAAUGCAGUUUCAUUAAUUAGGACAUCAUUGUUGACAUUUUAUGAUUAUUUUUUUAAUCUAGAACUCAGUGCUGACAUGACGAAAGUGCAAAACUGGCCCAUUGGGGCCCCUUUCACGUUGGUCAGGAGUCCAAAAAUGUUCCAUUUGGUGCAAUAAUCUUGUCACGUCUUUCAUACUAGACAAUGUUUUUAGCAGUAUUAUUGCGCUCGUGUUUUGAGAAAUGUGUGUUGCGUGUUUGUGUGGCACCUCUGGACCAAAGAAUAUGAAUGAUGUCAUUCAUUUCGGCAACACAAAGAGAAUAAAAAGCACUUCACGCCUGACGUUUUAUUAGGCGCAGAGGUACCUAAUGGAGCGGCUGUAAAACAUUCUGUAAAUAUACCUCACGUUUAAUUAGUUUGUCUUCUUACUACUUUUUUUAAUGCUCUUCUUUUCCAAAAACCUUUUUUUCACUUUAUAGGAAUCUAAAUAUUGUAUAAUUUUAUUUUUUUGUCCUAGUUUCACAACUUUUUCAGUUUCCCCUUUUUGGCUCAUCAUUCACUCCCCAAAUUAUGGUGUUUAAAUUUUUUUUUUUUUUUUUACAUUUCUUAAACAGUUGAUUUGAUGGCCUUGCAUGCGGAAAAGAGAUCCACAGUUCUCAAUGCAUUUUAUUUUUCAGCUGGAAGAACGGUAAAACUCAAUGAGCACGCUCACCCGGGGCCUGCUGUUGGCCACAGCUCACGCCCAGACACAAUUGCAAAGGGACUACCGCUCAGAUGUCCUUGUCAUUCAUGAACAAGUCAACAAAAGUCACCCACGAGCGCAUAUGGUCGUGGUGUUCCGACAUUGGGGGAAAUGAAAGGUGCAAAGAAGUGGCUGUGGGGUUGCUAUGAUAACUUUCUCAUGCAACUAAGCCGAAACAUAAGGCCAUUUUCUUCAAUAGAGACGUGAUUUUGUAAGCAAACGUUGAUAUGAAUGGACUGUGCUUGGUUUGAAGUCAUUUUUCCUCUCGCUGCCGUCAUCAAUAUAACAUCAAGACAUGUAAAUAAUGUCGACACGGUUCGGUGAAAAAAAAAACAAAAACAACUUUGUCUAUAUAGUUGUUCAUUUUAGUCCUGCAUGGUUGUUGUGGAAUGUCCAAAAGUUGUGUAAUAAAGACGACACUGACACUUU